AUGUCCUCCUCCGCCCACUUCUCCGACCCCUCGAGCUUCCAACAGCAGUCAAACGAGUUCGUCGCUUGGCUUGAAGCCAAUCCAGGCGUAAAGGUCAACCCCAAGAUCUGUCUAGCAGACCUAAGAUCCACAGGCGCCGGUCGUGGAGUCGUGGCCCGUACCAGUAUCCCAGAGGGCGAAGAACUUUUCUCAAUUCCGCGCAAUCUCAUCCUCGCCGUCCAAAACUCGGAGUUGAAGAACCUGCUCGGUCAAGAUGUGGACGCUCUCGGCCCAUGGCUCUCCCUAAUGCUAGUCAUGCUUUACGAAUACUCGCAAGGCGCAAAUUCAAGAUGGGCCUCUUAUUUCCGAGUCUUGCCGACACGUUUCGACACACUUAUGUUCUGGUCGUCGGCGGAGUUACAUGAGUUGCAGGCUAGUGCUAUCGUGGACAAGAUUGGUAAACAAGGCGCCGACGAGUCAAUCUUGCAGUCGAUUGUGCCUAUUGUCAGGGCCAACCCGGGACUGUUCCCGCCUGUUCAUGGAGUUGCCUCGUAUGAAGGUGAUGCCGGCGCUACGGCUCUGCUUGAACUGGCUCAUGUCAUGGGCUCGCUGAUCAUGGCUUAUGCGUUUGACAUUGAAAAAUCCGAGACCGAGGAAGACGAUGUCGAUGACAAUGAUGAAAGCUACAUGACCGAUGAUGAGGAUGAGCAGCUGCCUAAGGGUAUGGUGCCUCUGGCGGAUUUGCUCAAUGCCGAUGCGGACCGGAACAAUGCCCGUCUCUUCCAAGAAGAGGAGUGUUUGGUCAUGAAAGCUAUCAAACCAAUUCAGGAGGGAGAAGAAAUCUUCAAUGAUUAUGGAGAGAUUCCCCGUGCGGAUUUGCUUCGUCGGUAUGGUUAUGUGACGGACAACUACUCCCAAUACGAUGUCAUCGAGCUGCCCCUCCGAGAUAUCUGCCAAGCAGCAGGCCUUUCCAACAGUGAUGUCGAGUCCCAGCCAAGACUCGAACUCCUCGAAGAAAACGACAUUCUGGACGACGGCUACGUGAUUCCUCGACCAGCCCCGAACGCUUCUCUCCAGGACAUUCUUCCCGCCGAAUUGGUCGUCCUUCUCACCACUCUGUCCCUAACGCCAGAAGAGUUUGACCAGCGCCGUUCCAAGAACAAGCCGCCCAAGCCUGCCAUGGAAAGCAACCAAGCCGGUCUUCUCCACAAGAUCCUGCAAACCAAGCAAGCACAGUACGGCAGCUCUCUCAACGAGGACAUGCAAAUCCUCACCAGCCUACUCGCUCCAAACGCACCCGCCUCGUUGGAUGGAUCUGCGCGUCGCCAAAAGAUGGCCCUGCAGGUACGCAUUGGCGAGAAGGAGGUUCUGCAAUCUGUUCUCGCCAUGUUGGAACCCCUCGUCUCUGGUGGAUCUCUCAAGCGCAGCGCCAACGGCGAUGCGGGUACCAGACACUCGAAGUCUGCUCGCGUGUGA